CCGCUGCCAGUGCCGCGCAGUGUGCUCAGUACCGGCUUUGGAUUAUGGACCUCCUCACCCCUCAGAGAUGGCUAGUGCUCGUGUUGAUUGUGGCUGCAAAUGCCAACAAGAGUUCUCUGUAUCGGCCUACACGAAGCGACCAGUACUACAUGAGCCGCUACGGCAGCAACAACGGCUGGGGAGCACCAGGGGCAGGCUCCUGGGACACGAGGGGAGGAGGAGUGUCGUCUUUCAACUGGGACUCACAAGACGCAAUCAACAAGCAACCCUGCCCUCGGUGUGGCUCUGCUGCAGCUAGGGAUCCUGACUAUAGAGGUAAUGGAUACGACAACCUCAGCCCGGAGUGGGCGUAUAGAAUGAUGACGUUAGCAAACAAAGGAGGCUGGGCUAAAGGCGAUCCAGGGUGGGGAGGAAAGGACCCUUGGAUGAUGCAAAAAGGUGGUGCGUGGGGAGGACAGCAAGGGCAACAAGGUUCAUGGACAGGAAGCAUCAAACCGGUAGAACCUAGUUGGGGAGGGCAGCCAGAACAGUGGGGAGGGGGUGGUCAGUGGAAUGGAGGAGGAGGAGGAGGUGGAGGAGGCAGUGGACAGUGGAGCGUUGGAGGAGGCAGUGGACAGUGGAGUAGUGGAGGGGGCGGUGGACAGUGGGGUGGCGUUCAAGGUGCAGGUGGAGGUUGGAGUCGGCAACCGGGCCAAAGUUGGAGUAGUAUGGGGGCUGGUGGGUGGGGUGGGAAUGGACAACCACCAACAGGAGGGGGGAAAUGGGACGACUCGACGCGAGUAACAGGAGGAGUAUUAAACUGGAUCGGUGGCCCACCAGGUCAAAGCAGUAGCCACCAUGGUCAUCAUGACAAAGGUAGUUGGGGUAGCACCGGGCAAGGUUGGGGCGGAAGUGGUAGUAGCAGUGGAUGGAGUGGAGGGGGUGGAAGUAGUUUGAAUGGAGGUGGCUAUGCUUCAGGCUGGAGUUAUAGUCAACCAAAAGACACACAAUCUUGGAACAGUAAGGGACCACCCUCUCAAUGGGGAUAUAGUAUGCCUCGAGACCCGAUAUCAGCACAGUGGGAUUUAAUGCGACCGGGAAAUCCUGGAUGGAACCAAGGAGGGGGCUGGAAUAAAGGAAAUGUAGGUUGGGGACAGGGAGGUAUGGGAGGAUCUUGGAGUCAAGGUGGAUCUGGAUGGUCAAGUCAACCUACGGCUCCAGGUUGGAAUCAGUCACCUCAAGGAUCUGGUUGGUCACAACCCCCUACGCAAGGUGGGGGCUGGUCACAAGGGUCAGGUGCAGGAUGGAGUCAAGGAGGUGGUGCAUCUAUGUGGAACCAAGGGGGUGGCACCAGUUGGUCAAAGCCGCCUCAAAGCUGGUCACAAACUCCUCAAAUGAAUCGUCCGGGUUGGGCUUCAACUGGAUCACCUCAACCUGAUCCAGGGUGGCAUCAAAGACCUCCUGUCUCAGACUGGAGUUCUUCAUCAAAGGGACAAGGCUGGGGUGGAUCGGGAAGCUGGAGUCAGGGGUCUGGAGGUUGGCAGCAGGGACAAUCACCAGCUCCUCCCUCAGGAUGGGGCCAAUCAAGUCCUUCCCAAGGAUGGAGGCAGCCUUCAAAGCCCGUAGGGUGGAGUCAGCCUCCUACGGGACCAGGAGGAUGGGGUCAGAGUAGCUCUUGGGGUCAAGGUCCAUCAGCGUCAGGAGGAAGCCAUGGAAGUUCUUGGAAUCAGGGCCCUCAUGAUCACGGACACCACGGGGCACAUGACAAGCAUCAGGAGUCUAAGUGGAACUACGGGAUUCCAACUCCUGCCCCAGGAUCUAGUUGGAGUUACAACGAACCAAGUCGCCCUAGUUGGGGUUCAGGUGGAGGUGGCAGUGGACCUCUCUACAAAGAUGAUUGUCGCGGAGGUUCACAUGACCACGGCCAUGUACCUGACCACGGCCAUCACCAAGACCACGACCACGACCACGGCCACGGGUCAUCCUCCAGGAGAGGUGGUGCGGGCGGUGGGGGGAGCUACUACGAGGACGAGAGGGGAAGCUACCCCUCCAGCUCCGAGUAUGACACUCGACGGCGCCCAGCAUACAACGGCCACAGUGGGGUGGGUGCCGACAUCGAGUAUCCGGAGCCCUUCUACCGACGAAGCAAUACGACCAAGAGUCAUCAGGACGACCAGGCGGCGGCGACCGCGACCACAGUGGCAUCCACCAGCAAGGCGUGACCUCUGGCACAAGGGACGACCAGUAGUGUGGUACUACCACCCUCUAAAGCUAUUUAACAAAACUGUACUUACCGUACUAUACAGAAUGGUAAAUGUAAAAAAUAUGAUGUAUGAACGGCUAAUUUACAGGUUUUCCACGUGUAUUAAACCAAGUCAAAAUUCUUUGAAUUCUUCAAUGUCAAACGAAUCAUCAGAAAGACGCACCAUGCUGUUUACUACUUGUUCACUGUUUAUUUUUAUAUUUCUUUGCCAUGUCAUACAUAUUUGAUAUACUUCUAAAAAUGCAGGCAUACCUAAUAAUAGUAAUGUAAUUUUUAAUCUAAACCAACCCCAAAUAUAAUGAAACGUAUUAACUAAAUAAUGGAUGUAAAUGUUGAAACGUACUUCCUUUUGGUUUUACUUUGUAAUAACUAAAGUUACAAUUAUUCUCAUGGCGAUUGACGUGGUACGAGCUAUAUAAAUUUGCUGUUGACUGAAUAUUCGUUAGCUGUGAUAACAAAUCAAAAUGUUUAAACUUAUUCGUUUUAAUUGCACUAUACCAAACUUGAUAUCACUGUAACUUCAAAAACAUUGUCUCGAAGUAGCAAGACUGCUUGUUUUAUAAAACCACUGAGUAACAGAGCAGUGUUGGCCCACACCCAAGUGUGGUCGGUUACAUUGUCACUGUCAGUGUGAGUUGGCUGCUAUUAUAUGUGUAUGCGGCUCAACGAUCGCAGCUUUAUGGGUUGAGCUACAAACUUGACUUAAAAGUGGAGGGCGUAAGUAAGCAAUGUACCGUGACGGAUUACGUUGGAAAACAGACGCACUAUGUCUUUCAUUUUCUUUAAUGCAAAAUGUAAUUUUUUUAAAUAAAAUCAAAUACUGAUACAAUUGCUGUACGCGUUGUACCACACACUGGUCGUGCAAUCACCCUGAAUUGGGAAAAUGUCGUUUUCCGUUUAACGCAAGAAUUAUUUACUUGCCGCAUCCAAGAUGAUGCAUGCUAUAUUUAAGUGCAAUAAUUAAUUUAUGUAUUUUUAUCGUUGGUACAACCAAAGAUUUUAUUUUUGUAAGUUAUUUUAGCUUUAAAAAUAAUGUAACGAAAAAUACGUCUAUUAUAAGGUUUGAUUUAUAGUUUUUGAUAACAUAGUAGAAAUCACUGCCUUUUAAUGCAGUAAGAUAAGUGAAGAUGAUGUUUAUCGAUGGGUUUUUACACUUAGUGUUAUGUCUUAAACAUCCUUACGGAAUACUUGACAUUUCAUUAUGUGCUUUGCUUUAAAUAAUUACAAUACCUUUCGGAAUACAGUAAGGCAUUUCUGAACUGACUUUGUAAAAUUGUGAAACUUAUUUUGAUAACUCAUUUUAUGACUUUUCUCUUAAUGCUUAAAAAUUUCAAAAUAAUUAAGAUAUAUGUUCCUAAUUGGUGUUAAAAUAGGUUUUUGAAUAUGCUAACACAUCUGACACUAAAUUGAGUUAAGGUCUACAACUUAUAUAUUAUGAAUUAUGUAUUAAGCUAUGUAUACAUAUAGCAAUUAUCUGCUACCUUUUAAUCCAAUGAUGCAACUUAUAAUUUAUUAGUUGUACGCAAAAGAAUGCCAAAAGCAUAAAUUACGCAAAUAAAUUGUCUCGACUAUAAUCAUUUCCAUAUAGAUCGAAUAUAAAAUAGAAGUAUUGUUUACCUUUGAUGAUACAGCUAUAUUUUGUCACAACAAAGAAAUUACUUAAAAUAGUAAUUGACAUCUGUAGGAAUAAAAUGAAAUUAAAUAUUUAUAAGAGAAAGAAAGACAAGUAAUGUUAUAUAAACACAAGGUAACAUAAUAUAAAAGGUCUCUCAAAGGUUGAAUUCAAUAUUUCCAGGUACAGUAUUACGUGUGGAGUUUGUGAAGUGAAGACAAUCAGCUGGUACCGAAAUAAACCAAUCAAAAUGUUUAACUUUACACCCGUGCUGUGUUACUUGUAAGUUGUUAUUAGUUCAUAACAAUCAGCAAACAAUCUACUUAUCAUUGUAAUAAUUGUAGCUUACAAACUGUUUUGUAAAGGAAUUAUGAUUUAUAGCUGUUGAUCAAAUUAUCAAUUCGUGAUUUAAAUAAUUGGUAUGAAAGUAAAGUUCUGGAAAAGGUGAUACUUUUAUAAGUGAAAAAUCAUUACAAAACAUGUGUUAAAAAAUAUAAUGGUGCUUUUAAAUGUAUUUUCUAACUUAUAAGACGAAACUAUCGAAAUAAUACAAUCAAUUGUCGUACAUUCAUUCUUCACACCAACGAUAUUUUAACGAUAUUUCAUGACUAAAUCUGUGAUCCAACAUAGAAAUUAAGUUAUUAUAGUUGUGAAUGUUAUUAAAACAUUGCAAAUUGAA